AUGUCCAAUUCCUGUGAAUUUUUCGGGACGGAGUACAGUCGCAGUUAUACGAAGCACAAGCUGAAACCGACAGAACUUAUCCGUCAAAAGAAUUAUUUCGAGGAGCACUUGGAAGAAGGAGAAAUCGACCCGUACACGGCAUCGAUUCCUAGUCGAUUGGACGAAGCUGCUCAACAGUUGGUUUACAAGCAUAUACUUGAUAAUCUACGAUCCGUUUAUCAAAUCUCCUACAAGCAUCCUCGAGGCGACCGCGACGAGAAGGAGACAGAGGAGAAGGAUCUACAAAGCGAAUUGCUAGCGUACAUUAACCAUUUAUACUUUAAUCCUCACAAUGAAAAGGUGCUCGCACCUCCGAUAACUGCAAAACGAAUGCUUGGCUACAUGAGGCACAAAUUUCUACACGGAGAUUUGUCGAUGUACCAAGAUACUUUCGGUCGCACAGGAGCGACGGUAAUGUUACAAGAACACGAGAAGAAGAAAAAGGCGAGCGAAAUAGCGGGAACAUUGAAGAAUACACACGGAUUUAAAAUUAAAAGACACGAACUUUGCGUAGACAUGAAUUUCGAAGAUUAG